AUGGACAGAGAAGAGGGGGAAUUUCAGUUUCUUGGGUUCUUCGACAUCUUCAAAGAAUCAUUCGUUAUAAUUUCAUCAUGGAUCAAGAUUUUCACUCAAAUAACAAUAGCCAUGAUCCUCCCUCUUUCCUUAAUCUACUUGGGCCAUAUUCAAAUCUCACAUAUUCUCUUUUCAGACAUCAUGUUCCAUGAAUAUAUUCUUCAUAGAAUCCCAAAGGGCACCCUUGUUUAUACAAUUGCGUCCAUAUACACUUCAAAUGAAAUUAAUCUUAAAAAAGUGAUUAAGGUAGUCCCAAAGGUUUGGAAAAGGCUUAUGGUGACAUUCAUAUGGAAUUCUCUCAUAGUUUUUGCAUACAAUAUUGUAUCUAUAUUGAUAUUCAUUUCGUGGGCUCUUCUUUUUGGAACAGUACAAUUUGUGGGUCCAAUUAUUUUAAUUUCUCUUGCUGUGAUUUACCUAAGUGGGUUUGUUUACAUCAGUAUAAUUUGGCAUUUAGCAAGUGUGGUUUCAGUAUUGGAAGAAUUUUAUGGGCUAAAUGCAGUGGCCAAGAGCCAAGGUUUGAUCAGGGGAAAAACAGGCAUAUCUGCUGCAACUUUUCUUGUACUUAGCCUAAUUUUCUUUGGAAUUCAGCUGGGAUUUGAGUAUUAUGUGGUUCUUGGAUUUGGAGGUGGGGUUGCCUCCAGAAUUUUGUAUGGAAUACUUUUUGUUGUGCUUAUUUGUGUACUUUUUCUUUUUGGGCUUGUGAUUCAGACAAUUAUAUAUUUUAUCUGUAAAUCAUAUCAUCGUGAGAGAAUCGAUAAGCCCUCAUUAGCAGAUCAUCUUGGAGGUUAUCUUGGAGACUACGUUCCUUUGAAGUCUAAGGAUGUACAACUAGGAGAAUUUGAAGCUUGA